AUGUUCCGGCAAUGGUGUUCCAAUGCAAUCAAGAAGGAGGCGUUGUCGCUAGUACAGCAGUUCUACAACUCGCACAACCGUCUAGUUGACUGGAUGUUGGGAGCCGAGGGACAACUGUCUGUGGCCGAGCCUCGUGAGGACAACAUUCAACGACUCGAACAGGACAUUCAAGAGUUCCGCCCAGUUCUGGAGAAUAUCAACCUAAUUGGCCCAGUUCUGGAGAAUAUCAACCUGAUUGACCCACAGUUCUGUCAGAUUUCUCCAAGAGAAGGCGCCUCGACCAUCAAGGGACUUGUCACCCGAGACAACCGAAGGUUUGAUGCCAUUGCUGAGCAGAUACAGCGCAAGGCCGAGCGCAUUCACCUAUCUAAACAGCGUUCCAUGGAAGUUAUCGGAGACAUUGACGAGUUUCUGGACUGGUUCCGAGAGGUGGAGGCGCAACUGAGAGAGGCGGAACCUCCGAGUGCAGACCCUGAUGUCAUCCGAGUGCAGCUCAAGGAGCUGGCAUCGGCAGUCGGCAGUCAGAAGUCACCAGUCAGAGAUGUCAUCUCUACUGCCAAGAAGGUGCUGCGAGAGUCAGCUCAACACGAGGACACCUCCAGCACCAUCAGAAAAAAAAUUGAGGACCUUAGAGAGAACAUGGAGACAGUCUCGAGUCUCUCCCGAGACCGACUGGAGAUACUUAAGCAGGCGUUGGCGCUUGCUGAGCAUUUCUUGGAGUGUAACACGGAACUGAGCACCUGGCUCGACGAGAUGGAACGUCACGUGAGCAUGUUGGCCAUGCCUGCGCUGCGGCCAGAUCUCAUAGCCCAGCAACAGGACAAGAACGAGCUGCUGGUGCAGUCCAUCACAGAACACAAGCCACUGGUGGACAAGCCUGGUCAAUCUCCGCCCUGA